AUGGCUAAGAGAGAGAAAAGGAAAUGGGGCGUUGAUGAACGGACGCCUUGUAAAAAAAAUGUUAGCAUGAAGCAUGUGGUAUGUUUUGCGGCAUUCUUUUUUACUUUCAUCACUGUUUUUAUUUGCUUUUUUGAAAAUACUACGGUAGGGAUGGAGGAAGUGGUGGCCCCAGAGGAGCCCCCCAAGCUUGUGUGCGGUGUGGCCAUCCGCAUCCCACGGCCGACUCUAAGCGGAGCGUUUUUGCGGAUUGCCAACAAUUCCUUUCCCUUGCAGCCAAACGCCCGUCAUUUGAAGCGCAUUCGCAAGGCUCCAAGGGCCGAGGCGUUGCUGCCUUAUAAUGAAUGUCCAUGCACCCUGAGUGAUUGUGUCUCAAGAUGCGAUAACGGGGCUAAAGAAGCCGGUACAUUGGCAACGACAGCUGAAGCUUCACUGGAAUUGCUGCUUGGUGUUGGCUGCUCCAUCGAUGUGGAUCGACUAAAGGAAUUUGAUGAAUUGUCGGGAAAUGCGGCCCCUCUAACCAUCAUCACGGUGUCGGUGCCAGACAGGGCUCCACGCACAUCCGUUGUGGAGUGGAAGAAGUGGUGCGCGUUGUGGCCAUUUGCUGUUCCGAAGCCACGCCCAGCCUCCCCGCUGUUGCUGGACGAAAUGAAGAAAAUAAAAAGUGUUUUUAAUGAGGCUGUUAUGCCGCUCGUAAAGGAGGGCCACAAUAAGGGGACACUUGGAAUAGCGGCUUUGUUGGUGGACUCUUCACAGGAUUGGCGUGUGCUCACCAAGAGCGAUGGGGCGGAUUUAAUGCACAUAUCAAACGCGGCAGCGUGUUUUGGGUACGUGCCUGCUGUGGAGAGUUCUGAGAACCAAAUUUUACUGGACCAUCCUGUAACUGACGUUCUAAAAAAACUUGCUCGUGUGCAGCAAGCACAGCGAUGGACGAAGGACAAUGUGCCUUAUUUGGCCAACGAGAUUGAUCUGUUUGUUAGUCACGAGCCGUGUGUCAUGUGUUCUAUGGCGCUUGUACACAGCCGCGUGAGGCGUGUGUUUUACUGCUUUGCAAACCCCACACACGGUGGGUUGGGUUCUGUCUUUUCGAUUCAUGCCAUCCCUUCACUCAACCACCAUUUUCGAGUUUUCCGCUGCAGUGCGAGUUGGUUGUUUGACGAGAGUAACUCCCCGCCGGACUCUUCUGCCGCUCCAGGUGGUAGUUCUUCGGAGUUCCUCCGCGAACCGUGA